AUGAGCAGGGCACUGAUACCAGUCAGGGUCAUCGCUUCAAGCCUAAAUGAAGAACUGAACAGUCCCCAAGCCGGGCGGAAGAAUCCAACCACUCUUACGGUGCCCCUUACCCUUCGCCCUACCCCCCAGCCCCCCAGCGGUUGUGGCCCCAGGAGCCUCCCCCACCUCAGUAGAGUCCGGGGUCCGCCCCAUCGCGCGCCUGCGUACUCCGUACAGAAACGGCAACUCCCCGGAGCCUCAAAGCUCGGCGCUCGAGGGCGGUGUUCGCGGCUCACACGGGGGACGGAGCCAAGAGCCAAAAGAGCGCUCUGGAAGCCCGCAGACUUGAAGGCUCGGUGGUCCUCAGAGCUGGUGGCAGCACGGCUACGCGGAGCCAGGCUCUGCUGUGGCCGCUGCUUUUCUGAAGGAAACGUGUACGGGAAGGGCCAGAUUCUGCGGACCGGACCGGGGCCCGGCCAGUCUCCAGAGAAGGCCUUUGAAGUGAAACGAAUCGCUGCCGCGCCUCGGAAAGCCAGGUUCUGUCUCUAGCUUCUGUGGACUGUACUUCUCCAGCAAAUGACCUUUGAGGAAAACUGACCAGUUUUUACAAUCUGAAAUCAUG